AUGCGCUCUUCUGACUACGAGUCCGACUACUUCGAUGAUGACAAUUUCGUCGUUCCCGAUGAUGGUGACGAUGUUACGGAGUCCCGUCCAGCAAAAAGGCCUCGUGUACGACCCCCGACGCGCCUUGAAGACCACAAUGCCUCGUCAGACGAUUUCUCUGAUAUUGACGAAGAGACAUUCCACGAGAGCGAAUUAUCUGCAGCUCACAAUAGAGCGGACACACGAUCUAAAAAUCGAAGCUUCGUACCAAAGCGCAGCAACAUUCAAGAAAACAUUUUUGUCACUCAAUUGACACAACCCCACUCCAGCCCUGAUCGAAUACGUGGACCGAGGUGGAAAAAACCCGAGCCUCUAUCUCCUCGCCCUGACAUAAUUUCAACACCUCAGAACAGUGAGAGGCGUCGACAAUCGGAUCAAUUUUCAGAUGAUGAUUAUGACGAAUUGAGGGCUGCGUUGGCUGCUUCAUUGGAUUCGUUUGAGGUAGAGGAAGCUGCACGCAGUCCGCUGAGCAUAAAUCCUCCAACGAAGGCCAUUCCUGCAAAGCUACCGCCACCUGUUAGUACGAAUCAAGCCGUACCGCAAGAUAUGUCCUUCGAACUUGAUGAUAUCCCGGACGAUGCAUUUGACUCAUCGCCCUGCUUAUCGCCUGUUGCACGGCCUGCCCAACCAGCGUCGUUUUCCUCCAAUAUCUCCAGACAUCCUUCAUCCUUUAGGCAAACUACGCUGUACGGUAUGAUUCAAUCGAAUCCGGGUCCAUCACAGCAAGACCAGGACCCCGGCCCGCCAGAUAAAGUCGAAUCCCCAACACACCACAAAUUAAACCACGAUGCACUCAACACCUGGUGGUAUCCCACGAAUUUGGGAACCACUAGAGAUUACCAAUACAAUAUCACCCAAAAAGGUCUCUUUCAUAACUUACUGGUGGCUUUGCCUACUGGUCUAGGGAAAACGUUCAUUGCAGCGACAGUUAUGUUGAAUUGGUUUCGUUGGACGAAAGACGCUCAAAUUAUCUUUGUAGCUCCUACCAAACCAUUGGUGUCGCAACAAGUCUCAGCAUGCUUGGAUAUUGCCGGUAUCCCGCGCUCUCAAACGACCAUGCUGACUGGAGGUGCACCACCGGGCGUCCGUGCCCAAGAAUGGCAGUCAAAGCGCGUAUUCUUCAUGACACCGCAGACACUGAUCAACGAUUUAAAGACUGGCAUUGCAGACCCAAAGCGAAUCGUUCUUGUGGUUGUGGACGAAGCCCACCGUGCUACUGGAGGCUAUGCCUACGUGGAAGUGGUGAAGUUUCUGCGGCGUUUCAGCAAUAGUUUUCGGGUUCUUGCCCUGACAGCCACGCCUGGGUCAACAGUUGAAGCAGUACAAGGCGUUAUCGACGGCUUGGAGAUCUCACGGGUAGAAAUCCGGACUGAGAAUUCCCUUGACAUUCGUGACUACGUACACGCCCGCAAUAUCGAGAUUGAAACAUUCGAAUAUUCCGAAGAGAUUCAAUUAUGUUUGGAUCUCAUGUCUGCAGCUCUGCAGCCCCAAAUGGAUCAACUUCGAACACUAAAUGCUUACUGGGGAAAAGACCCUUUGAUGCUUACUGCUUUCGGAUUGACGAAAGCCAGACAGCAGUGGAUGGCCUCUGAUGCUGGCCGAAAUGCCAGUUUUGGACUGAAAGGCAUGGUGAAUGCAAUUUUCACCCUUCUUGCUAGCUUGGCCCACGGGUUGGACUUGCUGAAAUACCAUGGAAUUGUCCCAUUUUAUCGUCAUUUGUUACAUUUCAAGUCGAAUACUGAUGGCCAAAAGGGUGGCAAAUACCAAAAGCAAGUUGUGCAGAAUGAGAGCUUCAAGAAACUUGUCAACUAUGUCGAUCCCUGGUCUAAAAACCCCGAAUUCAUUGGUCACCCUAAGCUGGAGUAUUUGAAAUCUGUGAUCCUGAAUCACUUCAUGGAUGCAGGUGAAGGGAAAGAGAAUGCUGACAACACCCAGUCAGGUACGCGCGUCAUGAUAUUCGUUCACUUUCGCGACAGUGCCGAGGAGGUGGCGCGUGUUCUCAAACGAUAUGAACCCAUGAUUAGACCACAUAUCUUCGUUGGCCAAUCUAGUGCCAAAGGAUCUGAAGGGAUGUCCCAGAAGACCCAGCUUGACAUCAUUCAGAAGUUCAAGGGGGGAACAUACAACACCAUUGUGGCAACCUCUAUUGGUGAAGAAGGUCUGGAUAUUGGCGAGGUGGAUCGCAUCGUGUGCUAUGACUCUUCUGCUUCACCAAUCCGAAUGCUACAACGCAUGGGUCGAACCGGUCGCAAGCGAGCCGGAAAUAUCACAUUGCUUUUGAUGAAAGGCAAGGAAGAAGACUCCUACGUCAAGGCCAAAGACAACUAUGAGAAAAUGCAAGAAAUGAUCGCCAGCGGCACUCGGUUCAAUUUUCACGACGAUUUGUCCGCUCGUAUCCUCCCUCCUGGGAUUCGACCGUUGCCCGACAAACGAAUCAUCGAAAUUCCCCAGGAGAAUUCGCAGCAAGAAUUGCCCGAACCGAAGCGCAAAGGCCGCGCGCCCAAACGGCCACCGAAAAAGUUCCACAUGCCUGACGAUGUCGAGACUGGUUUCACGCGUGCCUCGACUUUGGGCGAAGACGGCGCACAGAAAGAGAAAUCACAGAAAGAGAAAGCUACCAAGACACCCAAUAAAAGAAAAACUGCUACGCCCAAGCGAGCUGCAAACCCUGAACCUGAACUAGCAACACCACCGACAAUGGCAGAACUGAACAAAGAGUUUCCGAACGCAAUGAGCGAAUAUGAACGAGCCAUGCAGCAACUCGGCGACAUAACAAACCCUCGCACGGGAUUUUGGCCGCGUCCCGAGAAAUCCGUGAGGAAAUCAAGCAGGCCGACGAAGAGAAUCCCUCAUAGCUCUCUGAGUCGCCGCAUUGGUAAACUUGUACGGAAUAUGGAUCGAAUCAGUCCUCGAGGCUAG